UGCAUUGUUGCAUUGUGUUUGUGGCGCUGUUGCAGCGAGGCUGUUGUGUGGCGCUAAACCAAAAAGAUUCCUGCUAAAUUGAAGCCACUUAAAUCUUCAAGUAGCCGUUGAACUGACUUUCGUCAGUAUGUGAAGCUCAAGCUGAAUCCAAAUCCGAAUCUGAAUCUGAUUCAGAGUCUAAAGCGUCGGCUCGCAGCGCGGAAGUGUUAAUUAAAUGCCUAAAUACGGCUGAGAUAAAUCAGUGUUUGGCAUUGUGAAGCUACAGCUACAAGCGCUAUCCAAGAGAGAGGAGGAGAAGAGAGAGAGAGAGGGAGAGGGAGCAGAGGCAGAGGCCUAUCUGUCGCUAUCUGUUCUCAUAAAUUGUGUUUCAGCUGAUAAAUUAAUUACCGCAUGCGAUUUAUUUAUUGUGCAAAGACAGGCAUUGUAAAUUGUAAAUUCUUCGUCAAUUUUUUUUGCGGCUUGUCUGUCUACAAACAGAAAUAUCUCCGAUAUCGCCAAUACAGUCUCGAGCAACACGCACAAACACAGAACUAUCGCAGAAUGCCGCAAGUGCUGUCUUCGCUGAUGUUGCAGCAGCAGCUGUUGUUGUUGCUGCUACUGCUGCUGUGCCCCAUUUGCCCAGUUUUGUGCUUAAGCCUGUCAAAUGGCAGCGUUGUUGUGGGUUUGGGUGAUGGGAACAUUGCCGGCAUUGUCAAUCAGCCAACACUUGGCGUCGGCUUAGGUGCUGGUGGCAGCAACAACGGCAGCAGCGGUGCAGGUGGCGUUGGUGGCGGCGGCAGUGGUGCAAACAUUGGUGCAAAUCCAACAAUUGGCGGCAUUGGCGCUCAAUCAAACAGCGAGUUGAGUGCGGGUGGCAACUCCGGCAACACUUUGGGCGCCAUUGCCGGCAGCGGCGUUGGCGGCGGCAUCGGCAGCAGCAGCGGCAACAACUCGGCACUGAUGCAGGCACCCAAAGAGAAGCUGUACGAACGGUGCACGGGUCCCGGUGAUCCUGGGCCGUGCAAGCAAUACAUCUACAAGUGGCGCUACGAGCCAACCACCGGCGAAUGCACCACAUUCAUUUGGGGCGGCUGCGAUGGCAAUCCGCACAAUCGCUUCAGCACCGAGGCCGAGUGCCUCUUCCACUGCAUUGGCGGACCACACACUUUGCCACCGUUUUUGCAGUCGACCACCCGUGAACCGAGCACCACAGAGUCAACGCUGACCAGCUACACACAAUCGCCUGCCCAGUCACCGUUGGGCUACAGUGUGGGUGGCUUGGGUGGCAGUGGUGGUGGUGUUGGUAGUGCUGGUGGUGGUGGCAUGGGGGUGGGUGUUGGCACUACGCCGGUGCCCAUCGAGCAGCGUGGACCCGAGUUGACGUUUGCGGAAACGGGCCAGGACAAGACCUUCGUGUUCGCAAAAAACAACACGUUCAUCCAAAUGGACGGCGACAUCAUACAGACAUUUCAAUUACGACUCUGUCGUGAGAUUUCAUUUCAAUUUCGGACAAGACUGCCGCAUGGGCUGCUCGUCUAUCACAACGUUAAGAAUCCGGAUCGCAUUAAUUUGGACCCCUAUGCACUCUAUGUGAUUGUCGAGAAGGGUCAGCUAAAGGUUGUACAUGUCUUUGGCAAGCAUUCAACGAGCGUCACUGUGGGCGAGAGUCUAAAUCGAGACGAAUGGCAUAGUGUUAUGGUGCGCAUCGAUGUCCAUGGGGCAAGAUUAAUUGCACGCGUCGACAAUAGUCAGGAGGAGGUCUAUCUGAAAGGUCUGAAUCACGAGUACAACUACGGCGUCUCCACGAAUCUGCCAUCCGUGGUGCUGGUUGGAGGUCUCUCGUCCGAGGAGAAGCUGCACGGCGUCAAAUAUAUCACGGAAUCGUUUGUCGGCUGCAUCAGGAAUGUGGUGCUCAGCUCUGGCAAGGCGGCAUCCGAUCUGCUGCCAAUUGCACCACUGGUCGCCACCAAGCACGAGAAUGUCAACGAGGGCUGCUCCGACAUGUGCGACUCGAGGCACAAUCUGUGCUUUGUCGGCUCCCAUUGUAUCAACCACUUUGCUGGCAUCUCCUGCGACUGCUUCGGCACCCCCUACGAGGGCGAGCACUGUGACAUUUACACUGCCACAAUAAUUACAUUGCGUGGUGCCAGUUAUGUGUCGUAUAGGAUAUACGAUUGGAAGGAUCGGGUGCACUCCUCAACGAUACGCAUCAGUUUGAUGUUUCGCACCAACUUUGACGACUCGGCGCUCUUCUAUGCGAGUGGAGAGGCACUGAAGCAUCAGUAUAUUGCUGCCGCCAUUCGCAAUCAAUCCAUCCAUGUGGAAAUGGACUUUGGUGACGGUGUCAUGUCCGCUACUCUAACGGACGACCUAACGCGUGGCUACUGGCACAACCUGACCAUAUUGCAUGAGCAGCGCACAGUGCGAAUUAUACUCGAUCAACAGCAGAAAAUUCUCGAGCUGCCAGCCACUGUUAGCGCAAAUUUACUAUUCGACCCGGAAAUCUACUUUGGCGGAGGUCCCGAGUUGAACAAGAAGAAGGGUCUCGUCUCGCACAACAAUUUUGUGGGCAGCCUAAAGUAUGUCUACUACAAUGACAUUUCCAUAUUGUACGAACUGCAACGUGGCAAUCCAAAGGUGCACUAUCAUGGUGUGCUGGAGGCGGAGUUCUUUGAGAAUGAAGUGAAUGUCAUACCCAUCACCUAUCCCUUUGCGACAUCACACAUUUGGUGGCCCAUAAAUCACGCCCAAGAAUUUAAUAUUAAAUUCGAUUUCCGCAGCAGUCGACCCGGCGCAGUGUUGGCCUACAGUGACGUCACGACCAGUGCCGGAAACGGCUUCUGGGAGAUACGCUUAAGCUCAGACAAGCUAAGCUUUGAUCUGGUGCCCGAUGCUAACAACAAUGUGACCCAUUCGACAACAAUCAAAAUCAAUCGUGCCACCAGCUGGCACAGCGUCGAGCUGGAUUACAAACAGGACGAGAUCCGCUUCACCGUCGACUAUCGUCACACUCUCAGUCAGAUGUACGGAUUGACCUUUAACAUUGGCGACAAACUGAUCAUUGGCAGUAGUCUCAAGUCGGCCGCAUUAGGUUUAGUUGGCUGUAUUCGGGAUAUCGAGAUUAAUGGGCAUCUAAUUGAGCCGCGGCAUGUGGUGAAAACGGAGCGAGUUGUCGGCGAGGUGGCUUUGGAUAAUUGCAACUAUAUUGAUCCGUGCAAGCGACCCAAUACCUGUGAACAUGGCGGCAAGUGUUUUGUGAAAGAUGAUCGCGUCACCUGCGAUUGCAAACACACCGGGUAUAUUGGCAAGAAUUGUCACUUUACCAAGUAUCGGAAGACGUGCGAGGAACUCGCCCUGCUCGGCUUCACCAAGUCCGAUGUGUAUCUCAUCGAUAUCGAUGGCAAUGGUGUCUUUCCGCCCGCUCACGUCAAGUGCGACUUUCAGAGUCUCGAGAAUGCGACGAAAACCAUUGUCGAACACAAUCUGCCCAGUCAGGUGGAUGUGCGUUCCGCUCGAGAAUCGGACUUCAGUUUCAACAUACGCUACAGGGAGUUCUCGCCGCACAUGUUGCAGGAGCUGAUCUCGCAUUCGCUCUACUGCACACAGUACAUCAAAUACGAUUGUUAUCGCGCCCAGCUAGAAUUGCAUUCGUCCACUUGGUUCACAUCCUCGGCAAAGAAUCUCACCGUUGAUUUUCUCGGCAAUGUCAAGAGAGGCGCUUGCCCGUGCUCCGUUAACAAGACUUGCGUGGACCCGAAUCAAUCAUGCAACUGCGAUGUGAAGGAGAACAAAUGGAAUUCGGACGAGGGCUACUAUCAGGAACCGCACAGUUUGGGCAUCACCAACAUGUAUUUCCUGCAGCAGAAGGACCUCGACGACGAGGCCCAGGGACGCAUUACACUCGGCCCCCUCGAAUGCGUGGAGACAAAUACACAAAAGUAUGUGGUUACCUUUACCACGUCGCAGUCGUAUAUUGAGGUGCCUGGCUGGCGAAAGGGCGAUAUUGCCUUCUCCUUUCGCACCACCGGCGAGAAGGCCAUCUUACUCUUCCAGCCACCGAUUCGGGCGCACUAUCCCUCGUUCAUGGUGGCGUUGACGGGUGACUAUCAGCUGACGUUCAAUUUCACGCUGAGCACCGGCACCACACGGGAACUGGUGAUUAACUCCCAUCGCAGGCUCAAUGGCGGCGAAUGGCAUAAAAUAUGGAUCGACUACAAUCAAUAUCAUGUGCGCUUCAUGAUAAACACCGAUUACCAGAUGCUCGACCUUCUGCCUGAGGAGGAGUUUGGCCCGUUUGAGGGCAGCAUGUACAUCGGUGGCGCCACAUUUGACCUGCUGAAGAAGCUGUCUGUGAAGGCGGGUCUUAUUGGCUGUUUCCGUGGCCUGGUGGUCAAUGGCGAGAUACUCGACAUCUACAGCUACAUGUCAGUGCAUCUGUCGGAGAUUAUCAAGGAUUGUAAGCCAUCCUGUGUGCCCUCGCCGUGUCGCAACGGUGCCCAGUGCAAGGAGCUGUGGAGCAGCUUCAAGUGCGUCUGCAACAAUCCCUGGGCACACAUUGGCGAGUUCUGCGAGACGAAUAUCAAUGAGAAGGCGUUGACUUUCAUCAAUCGCGAGUCGUUUCUGAUGCGAAACUAUCUCAGUGUGACAUCGACGCCAGCGAUACUCCUCCAUGGCAUUGAGGAUGAACGGGAGAUGCUCAAAGGGAUUCUCAGCCAGGAUCUGUUGAUUAAUUUGCGUACCUACGAUACAAAUGCCUUGGUGCUCUAUGCCAACGAUCAUUACAAUAACUUUGUCCAUCUGUACAUCAGUCAGGCCAGGGAGAUUGUAUUCCUCUACAACUACGGCGAUGAGAUUGUCAAUCUGACGCUGCUCGAUGAAACACUGGUGAGCAAUCUGAAGAGCAUUCAGGUGGCCAUUGUGCGGGGCGAGCAGGAGACUCGCAUGCAUGUUAAUCAGCGCAGUGCCAGCAUAGAUCGGGGCACCCUCCUCCUGGAUGAAUACGCCAACAAGCCCUGGAGCAAUCCCGAGAAGGAGGUCCUAUCGCCGCAUCGUCCGCCCGCCCCGCCCACCGAGUACUUUCAGUUCCACGUUGGCGGCUACGAUCCAGCAAAUUUGCUACGCCCAAAUGUGGAUGCACCCAGUCUCGAGGGCUAUAUCGGUUGUGUGCGCGGCCUCAAAAUUGGCGCCCAGUUGAUCGACUUGGCGGAAAUCAAUGAAAGGAAUAUAGCGCCCACUUCGGAAGGUGUACUGCCCAAUUGCCAAAUCAAAUGCGAUGCAGAGCCCUGCAAGAAUGGUGGCAUUUGCAAGGAGCAUUUUGCCGAACAAAUGUCCACCUGCGACUGCGAGCACACCAGUUUCCUGGGCGAGUUUUGUUCGGUUGAGAAGGGCGCCGAUUUCAGCGGGGAGUCCACACUGCAACGCAAAUUUGAGCUGCCCAGUUCGGGCAGCGUGAACUAUGUGCGCCUCCAGCUGGCUUUCUCCUCAUUCGACUUGAGACGAGCCAAUCGCAUUAUGCUGCUGUUGCAGACAGCCGCGGAGCGUAGUUAUUACCUACUGCUGGCCAUCACCUCGGAUGGGUAUCUGCAGUUCGAAGAGGAUCGCGAAAGGGGCCAAACUGUGGGAGCACGCAUCGAUCGGAAUUUCCUCAACAGUGCCAGACACUCGAUUUACUAUGUGCGCAAUGGAACCCAAGCCGUGCUCUACAUCGAUCGCGAACAGGUGCCCCUCACGGACUUCGCGGCCCGCGUGCUGACCACCACCUUGGAUGAGGGCGCCAAUCGCGCCCAAAUUGGCGGCAUCAAUACCACAGACUCUCGUUUUGCGGUCUUUAAAAGCUACAGCGGCUGUCUGUCAAACAUCUACAUCCAGGUGAAUGGGCACAUUAUGAAGCCACUCGAGGAAUAUAUGCUAUUCACCAAAUCCGGUGCCGACAACAUAACGGUCAUUAAUCCGCAGGGCGUACGCAGCGCACAAUGCAAUGCCAAAUUCGAUGUGAGCGAGCAGCCAACGCAGGAGCCCAUGGUCAACGUUAGCAUGAUACCCGAGCCGUGGGUCGAGGAGCCGCCACAACGAGUGCCGUAUAUAUCGAAAUUCGUUUAUGACGUGGACAAGAAGGAGGACUCGACGCAGGUGCUGUUCAUAACGCUGACCAGUGUGUUUGUCAUCAUUGUUGUGUGCUGCCUGCUCGAGGUAUAUCGCAGCCAUUUGGCCUACAAGAAGCGCAUCGAGCGCGAAACGGACGAGGACAUCAUUUGGUCCAAGGAGCAGGCAACCAAAAUGCACGAAUCGCCGGCUGUGAAAGGGCCAUCAUCCACAGGCCAUACGGGCAUUAAGGCAGGCCACAACAGCAGCAGCCUGCCCGCAUACAGCUACAAGGCGCUGCCGCAGGAGGACAGCAAGAAGCCAGGCAACGGUGCACCGUUGGUAGGCAUACUCAAGAAUGGCAAUGUAACGCCACCAGCCACCUCUGCACCCGGCACACCCAUAGCUGCAACAAAGAAUGGCGACAUUGCCACGCGCAUCGAGGAGGAGCAAGAAGAUGAAGAAGAGGAGGCUAAUGGGCAGCCAACUGAACAGCAGCAGCAGCAGGAAGAGGAAGAGGAAACGGCCAAGCCGUUACAGCAGCAGCAGCUGCUUAACCUCAAAGAGGAAGAGCCUGCCACAAAUGCUGCCGAGUCAACAGACAACCCACUGCAAAAUGGUCAGCCGGAUGUCGCAGACACAACAACUACAACAACAACAACAACAACCGCAGCAACACCUACAACAACAACCACAACAACAACGCUACCGCAGCCGCACAAAGGUAAUUCCAGCAGAGAGCUUCCCUUUGAUGUUAACAGCGUGAAUGCCGCCGCAACGAGUGCGAAUGAGAAGGCGCCCAUAACAUUUUCAGAAUUCACCAUGCGUCGAGCACAACGCCACCCACCACCACCAACGUCGCUGCCGCCAAUUUAUUUAGAGAAUGCAUUGCAGCAACGACAGUUUGCGAAUCCAAUUAGUUAUUUGGGCGGACCGCGUCUGCAGCCGCGCAGCAAUCGCAACAGCCUCGACUCCAUAUUAUCGCUGGAUUAGCCCCACUGCUGCAGACAAACUAACAGACAAGCAGCGAACACAACGAAAAAGCAAAAGCAACAAAGAAACAACAACAACAAGGCUAGUCACAAAAUCUCAUCAUGUGCUCCCCCACCCCCCUGCCACUCCCUCUGCGACAAACUGAAGGUUGGAGGGAUUUUGACUUCUGGAUUCCGUCCCCAAUUAAUUUAGCUAGUUUAUUUUUUGGAAUUUAAGUUAGUUAAUUGUUGAAACAAAUUGUUACAAAAGUUCCUCACUGUAAUAAAUAAAUUAAAUUUG